AUGGUGCCCCAAAAACCCCAGCCAGGUACUGGCGAACUUGAAGUUAACGCCUUUUGCGGCUCUUCUUCCAUUAUCGCGCUUUCAUGCACAUACCCUCUGAAGCUCGUGUCGCCACCAUCUCGGCUAACCGACCAUGCUGUUCUCGUCUUUAUGAUGAGCUAUGGUGGCGGGCUGGUCGCCGGCGACCGUGUAGACUUGAAUAUCGGAGUUCGACCGAAGUCGCGAUUAGCUCUUCUUACGCAAGGAAGCACAAAAGUCUACAAGACACCAUCUAAGUCAAUCUGUUCAUACCAAAUUCUCACUGUCACAGUGGAAGCAGGAGCAGCGCUCUUGUUACUACCAGACCCGGUGCAGCCAUUCAAAGACAGUUCGUAUGAGCAAUGUCAAAUAUUCCACGUCCACCAUUCUUUGGCCAAUAUACUAGUCCUAGACUGGGUUUCUGGGGGACGAACUGCGAGAGGUGAGGCCUGGGAAUUUUUCGGAUGGAAGGGUCGAAAUGAGAUUUGGUCACUUCCUGAUCCGGAAAUGGGAAUCAGGAAGAAGCUGUUGCUCCGAGACAUCCUGGUCCUGGAUGAAACAUCCUCUACGAAGCCAAACUAUAGCGAUGAGAUGGACGACCUCGGGGUUUUUGGCACUCUCAUCAUUCGAGGCCCACUUUUUCGUGCUCUUGGUGACUUCUUUCUCACCGAGUUCUCCCGUCUCCCCCGCAUUCGAGCAAAUGGGAAAAGUUAUGAACAGGUUGAUUUGAAACAAGGUGAAUCUGUCAAGACAUGGACUGCUGCUUCUGUGCGAAGCUCUGUCAUUGUCAAAUUUGGCUCCCAGGAUGUAGAUGCUGCGAAGCGAUGGUUGAGAGACAUGUUAUUGCGAGAUGGAACAGUGGGAAAGGAGUUUGGGGAACGCGCUUUGUUGUGUCUACAAUGA